AUGCCACCCAAGUCGGAGAACCCGGUUCAACACACUUCAUCCUUCACCGCAACCGACUCAUCCUCCGCCGGAUCAAUGGAUCCGAUCUUCCACGUCAUUCGGAUUCUUCCAUUCAGCUUCCUCCGUCCACCGCGUCUCCGCUUGAAGCUUCCGUCGAUAUCACUCCCCUCAUCCAACGUCGUCUUCGCCCUCGUCCUCCUCACCUACUUCAUGGUCGUCUCCGGCAUCGUCUACGACAUCAUCGUGGAGCCUCCCGGCAUUGGUUCAACACAGGAUCCCUACACCGGUUCAGUACGACCUGUUGUUUUCAUGUCCGGCCGUGUCAACGGCCAGUACAUCAUCGAAGGUCUCUCUUCUGGAUUCAUGUUCGUUCUCGGUGGAAUCGGUAUCAUAAUGCUGGAUCUUGCACUUGAUCGUAACCGUGAUAGAUCUGUUAAGGUUUCUUAUGCUUCUGCCGGUGUUACGUCGAUUGUUAUUGCUUAUGUUAUGAGUAUGCUCUUCGUUCGCAUCAAGAUCCCUGCUUAUCUUAGCUGA